UUGUGCCCACUAGUCGGUGUCUGGUGGUGGAGGAGGAGGGUGGUGCACAGUGACAGGGUCUAGAUCCGGCCCCCACCGACUACUCAAAUAAGAGAUGAGGGCAUCAUCAUGAAGAGGAGGAGCAGGCACACUCACUCAUAGCGGACACAGCUCACUCACACACACACUGGAGGGAGGGAUCACUCGGGGAAGCAUGGCCGGGGACAGCGAGCAAGCACUGCCGGAUCACACGCCGGACGGACAGCCGUUCCUGAUCGGAGUCAGCGGGGGCACGGCCAGCGGCAAAUCAUCUGUAUGUUCCAAGAUCGUGCAGCUCCUGGGACAGAAUGAGGUGGAUCAUCAUCAGAAGCAGGUGGUUAUGAUCAGUCAGGACAGCUUUUACCGCAUACUGACCCCUGAGCAGAAGAGUAAAGCUCUCAAGGGCCAGUUCAACUUUGAUCACCCAGAUGCCUUCGACAAUGAACUAAUCUUGAAGACCCUCCGAGAGCUCAUGGAAGGGAAAACAGUGCAGAUCCCGGUUUAUGACUUUGUUUCCCACUCCAGGAAAGAGGAGUCUGUGACUGUUUAUCCAGCAGACGUAAUUCUCUUUGAGGGGAUUUUGGCGUUUUACGUUCAGGACAUCAGGGACAUGUUCCAGAUGAAAUUGUUUGUGGACACGGAUGCGGACACCAGGCUGUCGAGAAGAGUACUGAGAGACAUAAAUGAACGAGGAAGGGAUUUAGAGCAGGUUCUCUCACAAUACAUAAAAUUUGUGAAGCCAGCCUUUGAAGAAUUCUGUUUACCUACCAAGAAAUAUGCUGAUGUGAUCAUUCCCAGAGGUGCUGACAACCUGGUUGCGAUCAACCUGAUAGUCCAGCACAUCCAGGAUAUUUUGAAUGGUGGUUUAUCGAAGCGGCAGACCAGCGGUUACACGAACGGUUACAGCAUCCAGCACCGGAGCAGGCAUUCCUCAGAGUCCAGCAGCCGACCUCACUAAAGUGCCCAGCGAAAAAUGGAAUCUGUAUUACACCUAAAACAAUACAUGUUCCUUGCAGCCGUACCAUGGAGAGAGACUAGGAUUGAGGCUUUUUAUUUGGAGCAAACAAAAUGUCCUACAGCAUAUUUACGUGCUGAGAAGUGCUCCGCAAGACAAGUGUUACUUGACUACUGCAACUAGAACCGAACCUGCUGGAAUUUGCUGGUGUCUGUGCGGGAGUUAAAUAUCAGCGGCUUAGUACGCAGAUGGGUGUUUUUUGUUUUUGUUGUUUUUUUUUUUUUUUUUUUAACUAAAUUGGGGGAAUGGUAUUGGUGGCUACGGUUAUCAAAACUUGAACACUUUUUACAGUGACUAUGUGCAUCUCCAUUUAUUUGUAUUUCGUCUCCUUGUAAAUUUCUGUACAAUUCAGUUAUUUGCCACAAAAGUGUUUUUCAGAGGUUCGGCAUUCGAAGUGUUCAUUGAGGGGGAAAUGGCGAGCAUGUAUUGGGUCUUACUUGGAAUUGAGUAGGCAUUGAAAGUUCCAUUAGAUUCUGUUUUGAGGCUUUAGACUGGGGUUGUCUUAGGCUGGGUUCACACUACGGAAUCUCUGCGCAGAAUUUCUGCCGGAGAUUUAUCCGGCGGCACGAAGACCGAACGGACUGCAUUGCCAUCCCCAUAGACGGUAAUGCAUUUCUGGGUGGAUCUUUUGGGAGAUCUGCUAAGAAAUACAUUGACAUCUAUGGAGAUAUGGCAAUGCAGUCCGCGCGGUCCUAGUGCCGCCGGCUUGAUCUCCGGCAGAGAUUCUGUCCAGAAAUUCCACAGUGUGAACCCAGCCGUAUGUAAAGUAAGAUGGUUCUCAACUUGGCAGACCAAAAAUCUUGCCCCAUUUUCACAUGCCAGGGGUGUGGACAGGGGAAUUUUUUUUUUUUUUUUUUUUUUUUUUUUAUCAUUUAUAUUUGAAGUUGGCAGAUAUUUAUUGUAUUUACUUUUUCCUGUGAUAUUGUUUCUUUUUGAUGAUUUUUUGAUUCUUACAGACAUCUACACUUAGAUGGAUCAAGUUAUUAUGUGAUCUGCUAUCUGGGUGCCACAAAUAUGAAAAAAGUACCAACAUUGGAAAAAAAAAAUUUAAAUAAAAUUUUACUUGAAUAAACUGAGUUUCUGUAUCACGACCUGUAAUG